CAAUCGAUUAGAUUGAAAUUAGAUUUAAAAAAUGCGUUCUCAAUUUGUCAUUCGAUUGAAAUGACAGCCUUUUAGAGCAUCUGAUUGCUAUUUCAAUCUUUUAAAGGAUUGAUAUUUUUAGCCAAUCAUAACUCUCAAAAAUCGCGCGUGGCUAUCAUGCCACUCAUGCUAUGCCAAUUUGAGGAAAAAGAGUUUUGCUUUUUCUGAGAUAGUCAUGCAGGGCGAAGGAAAUACUUCGAAUCUUCGUGUAACAUUGGAAAAGCAAGGAUUCACUUCGGAGGUAAUUUCAAAACUGGAAGAAAAUGAAAUAGACAUGGUUGUUUUCCAAACACUAUCAGAGAAUGACCUGAAAGACAUAGGAGUUGAGUCGUUUGGUGCCCGACGGAAGUUGAGUUUGUUGGUCCAAAGAAUGAAGUCACCACCGCCGAUUGAGGCACUUACACCUUGUGACAUUACAAUGCCAGAAAUAACUCAGAAUACGAAUAACCCAAGUAUAAAGCCUACAAAAUCGAUCACAAACCCAUCUUCAGAGAACACCUACACAGUAAAAGAACCAUUUAUACCAACGUCACGAAAAAUAAUCAAUUUUAACAUCAAAGAAGCAAUAGAGAACCACUCUGAAGGUCGGGAAUUAGAUAACUACUUAGAAAAAGGUGGCAUUUUAUCAAGCAAGCAACGGCGAUUGUUGAUCAAAAUCUGCGUGUCAGCGUUGGUGGAAAAAUGUGGCCUGUAUCCUACUUCGGAGCAAAAAACUUUGCUUGGAAUGGAAAUUAUUAAAACCUAUCCAACAAUCAAAGACAACACACCUGGAAUGAAAGGAUAUGAACAUCUUUAUGACAAUGGACAUGGAUUCAUCGAGUAUCGCUUGAAAAAUAUGAGGACAGCCAGACCAGACGAGAGACGUGGACGAAAAAGAAAGAUGGAAGCAAAGACCACUGUUGAAAGAGACGUUGAAAAAGUAUCUGAAGAUGAAGAAGAGAAUUUGGAAUUGACUCAAAACAUGAACGAAAAGGUUUCAUGGAUGAAGUACAAUGCACCCAGUAAUGACAAAAUGGGAAGACACCUUCAGUACUUUAAGGAAACAUUUAAGCACAGACGAAAUGCCAUUAAAUGUUUAGAGCUCACAACUAUAACAAGCAUCAUUGAAAAAUACCCACGAUUUAAAGAUGUACCUGAUAUGAUUAAUGUUGAGUUUCAACUGUUGUAUCCUGAAGAAUGCGAUAAUUUCCUUACCAAAUGGGGGACUUACUUUCAAGAAAGAAUUAUUGUGUUGGGUAGAAAUGAAUACCCUGCUGUUCAACAAAUUAUCAGUGAUUCGAAGAAUAGUGACCUUUGCGCAUUGUAUGUAUUGGCCUAUAUUUUACACAAGUCAACAAACAGAAAGAAAGGAAAAACUAGUACGGUUACAAGAGAUGGGGCCAUCACAUACUUAUUGCAAAAUGUCCCAAGCGGGAGUGAUGUGGAAGAAGCGGCUAAAUCAAAGGAUGAAAGAUUUACGCAACCAUUUUUAUUGUCCACAGGAAAUGCGCAGAAUCCUGAGGAUUAUUUUAUUGUUCUGGAUCGAAUUGUCAUUCCUUGUGGACAAGAUGUCGUAAAGGCGGUGGAUAUGCUUUUUAAAAGCCACUACGUGUUUAAUGUGGAGUAUGCAUCUCCGCUGCAUAAUUUUUGGGAGUUCAUAGCAGCGAUGAUCUAUGGAGUGAUCAAGCCUUCUGCGACAGGUCCAACUGUCCGAGCUCUUGGCUCUUCAUGCAGAGACCUAAAAUUGUAACUAUGCAGCAUAUACGUUUAAAAACCUGUUAUUUCUUACUUUAAAUCAGUAAAAAAAUAGCUGCAUGCACAAAAAGCUAUACUUGCAUAGGUUAGUUCUUAUGUUAGUCAUUUGUAUGGUUAUUAUCGCUGCGUGCCUGUUAUAUAAUUUAUUAUUUAUUACAUAUUUUUAAAAAAAACAUGAGAUGUUUCUUUAUUUUUGGUGUUUUUCAAGAGAAUCGGAUCUAUGAUUGAAAACCCA